AUGUUACAACAAAGAAAAUAUAUAUCAAAUCCGAUAAUACCUCAAGAAAAUGUAGAAACUAGAUUUGGAAAAAAAAUUGUUAUGCAAAAUUGUGGAACAUAUAUGGAUAAAAAUGAAAAUGCUGGUGUUGUUUGUGAUAGAAUUACUGAGCUAAAUAUAAACUCAAGAAAAAAAAUAUCAAAUGUAAAUAGCGAUAGUUCACAAAUGAAGGAUGCUUUAAAUCAUUCAGAUCACAAACCAGUGGAAAUUCCUCCAGCCAAAAGGCCAUUGAUCUCUUAUUCCACCUAUGACAAUCAACAACAAUUUUUUGAAACUAAGCUAGUACCUGACACGCAAGGUAAAAUGAGCAUAUGUGUAGGUAGAAAGAGUGGAAGUGCAACUGUAAAUAUAAAUAUUGAUGAAUAUGAUUUAGAAAAAACUUAUCAUACAUGGAAAAGAAUUAUGGGAAAAUCUGCUCCACACAAUAAGUCGAAUUUAGAAAAUGACAGAUUUUUAACAGUUUCUGAAGAUGCAAAAAGAAGUGAUAAGCUACCGGAGGUAAAAAAUAGGAACCCUCCGUAUGCAAAUCCUGAUGGCCCUUUUGAAAAAGAAAGAUUAAAUCUCCCUAAACAAGCUAGGGAUAAUUUAGACAGAACUUUAACACCCAGAGCUAUCUGUGAAAAAACAGAUUGUUUAAAAAAAAGCAAUGGAUUUCAUAAAGAUUCAUUUUUUUUGUCAAGACCUCAAGAGGAAACAACUAAUGAAAUUAAAGGAACAAAAAGAACUAACUUCCCAUGGAUAAAUUCUAAUAGAAUAAAAAAAAUAUUGGCUCACCAUUAUGAAAAUGAAACGAAAGAAAAGUACAAUAUAAGUGAUAAUAGAGAAAAAUGUGAAAAUAAUCAAAAAAAUAACUGUAAUUUUCGAAAUAACCACAUAAAUGAAGAAGAUGCAAUUGAUGUUCAAGGAGAAGUUAAUUACAAUAUUUCAAAUAAUAAUCCAUAUGGAGAAAACAACCAUAAUAAUAUUUCUAAUAUUCAUUAUAUUAAUGAACCAAGUCAUAAUAGUGUAGAAUAUAACAGUGAACCACAAUAUAACAAUCUUCAUAAUUACAAAAAUAAACAGAAUUACCAUAAUCAGUAUAAUGAUGAUAACCAACAAAACUACGAAAAUCAGAAGUAUUGUAAUAAUCAGAAACAUCAUAAUAAUCAAGCAAAUUAUGAAUAUCAAAAUUUCAACCAUUCAAAUUAUGAAAAUCGAAAAAAUUGCAACGGUAAUAAAAUUUUCAAUCAUCAGCAUAAUAAUGAAAAUAAUUCUCAUUUUGGAAAUUAUGAUAAAAUUUUAGAUAACUCAAAAUAUGAUUAUCUUAAUAAUGAAUCUAAUUGUUGUAAUAAAUUAAAUGACUAUUGUAAUAACUAUUAUGAAUAUAUGAAUAAUAAUCCAUCUAACAAUGAUGAGCAUUUCAUUGAACAAAAUAAUUUGUAUAGAGCACCAUCCAUAAAUGAAAUUUCUUAA